GGCGUGGAGCUGAGCGCCGCAGGGUGUGCGCCUGCGCCGAGCUCCGGGACAGGGCGUGUUCCUCGUUCCGGUCUGCGUUUUGCACUGACCAAGUGCAUUUCUUGCCACUGAGGUGCGCCCUGCGGAAACCUGUGCUUCGCUCGCCCAGCCUGUUAGGCGCUGCCCUCCGCGAAUAUGUCCAAGUCUCUGAAAAAGUUGGUGGAGGAGAGCCGGGAGAAGAACCAGCCGGAAGUGGACAUGAGUGACCGGGGCAUCUCCAACAUGCUGGAUGUCAACGGCUUGUUCUCUUUAGCCCACAUCACGCAGCUGGUCCUCAGCCACAACAAGCUAACAACGGUCCCACCAAACAUAGCAGAACUGAAGAAUUUGGAAGUGCUCAACUUUUUUAAUAACCAGAUUGAGGAGCUGCCCACACAGAUCAGCAGCCUUCAAAAGCUCAAACACCUGAACUUGGGCAUGAAUAGACUAAACACUUUGCCUCGAGGAUUUGGCUCCCUCCCAGCUCUUGAGGUCCUUGAUUUGACUUACAACAACUUGAAUGAAAAUUCUCUUCCCGGAAACUUCUUCUACCUUACCACCCUGCGUGCACUCUAUCUAAGUGACAACGAUUUUGAAAUCCUGCCGCCAGAUAUUGGGAAGCUCACAAAGUUGCAGAUACUCAGCCUUAGGGAUAACGACCUGAUCUCGCUGCCUAAAGAAAUCGGGGAGCUCACUCAGCUUAAGGAACUCCACAUUCAGGGGAAUCGCCUGACCGUUCUGCCCCCAGAACUAGGAAACUUGGAUUUAACUGGUCAGAAGCAAGUGUUCAAAGCGGAGAACAAUCCCUGGGUUACCCCAAUCGCUGACCAAUUCCAGCUUGGCGUGUCCCAUGUUUUUGAAUAUAUCCGUUCUGAGACGUACAAAUAUUGUCAUCCAAAGUUAAGAAUCCGCAAGCUCUGUCCUUUCCUUUGGGACGAGAUUGCUAAGCUUGAACUCUUGGAAAUGGCGUGGGGAAACAGCAGUCGACAAACUACCUCUCUUGUGGAUGGGCUCUGCGUGUACCCUCUGAGAUAUGAGACGCAGGCGAAUGUCUACUGUGUUCUUGGCACAGUUUCUGGCACCAUUCUGAAGGAAUCACAAAAGGUUUGGAUCUCCAUCAUGUGAGAUGAGCUGUUUGGAGCCUCUACGGCAGACACAUGCAAGCAAACCCAGAACCACCGAAGAAAAAUAAUGACAAAUCGAAAAAGAUCAGCCGGAAACCCCUGACAGCCAAGAACAAAUAAAGGGUUGGCAUGGGCUGAACUUCUGGUUGCUUCCCUCAUUAUGACUUCUGUUCUCUGUUACUGUAUCCCACAAAUAAAUACAUGUGUAUGUGUUGUUGUUUUUUCUCUUUCUAGAGCUUAUCACUUUACCUUUUAAAUGUUUUUGGUAGGUGGUAGAUUUUUAUAAAUUCUUAAAACCAUUUCCAUUUGUUUGCUUAAAACUGCCAAAGGCAGGAAACAAAGCUCUAAUUCAACUGCAAAUUCUAUAGUAGGCACGGAGUUCAGUCCCUUGAAUAGAUGUUCACAAAGUUGCGUGUUAUCAAAAGAAUAAUUAAAACCAUGUGAUCGUUUAAAUGUCACAGCUAACACCGUUCACUCUUCUGUUUAUUCACAUAACUCAUUAUUUUGCUUUGUUAAAAGCUUGUUAAAAGCUGUAACCAUCGAGAUAUUAUGUUAAAUCACAAAUAAUUUUUAAUAAAAUCUUGAAUUUGUAUCACAUGUUGCUUCUUGAAUAAAGAAUGGUCUGAUCUUAGGGUAUGCA